CAUUAUUUGCGUUCGAUGUACCGCGGUGAGCUUGCUCCAUCGCGAAACAUCACGGCCGUAAUGUUCUUAUUCAUAUCCUCACCCUUCCGUGGGACGGUGGAAGGCUGGCACGCCUUUUUUACCGGUCUCACGGAAGGGAAAAGAAGCUCGAGUUGGCUUCCUCUCUCUUCCUCCAAUAGAGAGAUGGGAAUCCCUUCCGAGAUGGGAGACGCUUGGGCGAACAAGGAGAAAUCUUUCGUGGUCGCAUCGCCAGAUGAGCGCUCCGAGAGCUCUGUGCGAGAAGCAGUUCAGGCUGCAUUUAAAACAGCUGUAAUAUCUGGUGCUGUUGCUGCAGUUCCAACGUUGAUUGGCUGCCGUGUCAUUCCUUGGGCUAAAGCUAACCUCAAUCAUACUGCACAAGCACUCAUCAUAUCAGCAGGUACCACGCAAUGAGGAAACUUAUUUUUGCAGCUUCCAUCGCUGGCUUUUUCAUCACAGCCGACAGAACUAUUCUACAGAAUGCCAGGGAAAAUACUAUGGGGAAGUAUGAUAAAACAACUUGAUGAUCCUCCCUGCUGCAGAGAAGCUUUGAUACUAUAAGAAUUAAGAAGGUUCAACUUAUAUCAUGAAGAACUGAUGCAUUCGAUUGUCUGUGCCCUUCAAGGCUGUUGAGACAUAAAAAAUAAGCAAGGUUCAUGCCCAUCUCCAUUUCGGUUCUAUUAUAUUCGUAGCUUUUUUUGAGGAAACUAAUCUAUCUGUAGCUAUUCAUAGCUGUCAUGUAAUGUUGCUUAGUGGAUAUUGCAUGAAGCAGUUGCCUGGGGACAUUUGAGGGUUUCUCAGACUUCGACCCCUGUUUGUUUUGCUGCUGUCCUGUGUAACCAAAUUGAACCCACAAAUUAGUAUUUGAGCUUGUUUGAUGAAAACUACAUUUUGAUGAGGGAAGCGUUAUAGGUUGCCAUAUAUGACAACCACAACCUGUUUUCUGAGAGAGUAAAAUGCCUGUGAAUGUGUUCCAAUGUUCCCCCAUGCAUCAGACUAUUUGUAUGAUACACUGGCAAUUCGAGAUCUGUUCUAAGCUUCUCCA